CGGCAACUUCAAGCUGUUUGCAACAACGGCUAUUUGUACUCCUAAAUAUCUACUUUGUGAAUUUAUAUCCGCUAUUCCUGGUGUCCAUUUCUUUAGCAAUUUAGUUGCAUUGCGAUGUGGUUUUAAGUAUCAUUCUCAGGACAAUUGUGAAUUAGGCUUCAAGGAAAUGAAUUCGUUGCUCGGAUGUUUUGAUUACUUGACUGUUCGUUCCAUCAAUUAGGAGAGCCCCCGCUCUCUCUCUCCCAGAGUAUGGCAUUUGCUUUAUGAUUGUAGACAUGUUUUAAAUACUUUUGAUAAAAUUGAUUCUAGUCAACAAUGGUAGGGACCAAGAUUCGCGAUGAAGAUAGGAAAAAUAUCCACUCUAAGUAUAUAUUUACUUACUGUGAUGAUCUUCUUGUCAAUCCAAUACAAACGUCUUGUGAACAUUCAUUUUGUCAAUCUUGUAUCGAGAUUCUUCUUGGACGUCCUAAUCCAAAAUGUACUGAAGAUGAAGAACAUUUGAACAGAAACAAUAUAUUUCCAAAUGAUGACAUAAAGCAGGAGUUGAAUUGUAUUGUUUUACAUUGUCCCAAUGAAAAGUGCAAAUGGCUUGGCCCCUAUCAAGAAUUGAAGGGUCACAUAGGAAGUACAUGCAAAUAUGCCCCCGUGGUCUGUCCAUAUUGCAAAGACAGAAUUCGAAGAAAGGAUAUUGAAGACCACCUGAACAAGUUUUGCCGCAAAAUUCACAUAUUUCCAAAUGAUGACAUAAAGCAGGAGUUGAAUUGUAUUGUUUUACAUUGUCCCAAUGAAAAGUGCAAAUGGCUUGGCCCCUAUCAAGAAUUGAAGGGUCACAUAGGAAGUACAUGCAAAUAUGCCCCCAUGGUCUGUGCAUAUUGCAAAGAUAGAAUUCGAAGAAAGGAUAUUGAAGACCACCUGAACAAGUUUUGCCGCAAAAUUCACACUUCAAAAGAAAAAGAUGCUCCAGAACAUAUGAAUGACAGGAUGGAGAGCCUUGAGGGUCGAGAUUCCCAAAGAUCCUCAUUUUAGCAACCAAAGUCAGAUAUAUAGAUUGCUUCUCGAUCACCAUUGGGAAGUUCAUCUUCAUGCCAUUGGAAAGUUUAACAUAUUGUCAGUAUAUUAAAGAUGACCCACUGUUUAUUAAGGUGAUUGAUGAUUGAAAAGGUUGGAAAUUGUUUUUUUUCCACACUUUGUGCUGUAUGCAUUGUCGUCAGUCGAACGUUAGUUGGCGGCAUGGUGACAAUAUUCAUAUAUUCUGUCAUU